AUGGGAGGUGAUGCAAAUUUCGAGACCGUCUUGAACAUCGACAAUGAUCUACAGUACGAUGCUGAAGUCGAUGUAAUAUGUUCAAUAUGCAACGCGGAGUUUCUCGAUCCCGGAGAUCUGAAACAACACCUAAAAGUUCACAGCACGGUAUCGACCGACACGGAGCGGCGGAAGACGUGCGACUUCUGCGAAUGCAAAUACGCCGACGUCGAGGAAUACGCUUACCACAUACGCGACUCGCAUCUCGCCGCCUCGAAGUUUUGCCAGCUUUGUUCGCGUGUGUUUAUCGAUUUCAACAAAUACAAACAGCAUACGCGAAAGCAUUAUACCGCCAAAUCUGAAUACAACGCGUGCUCGCAAUGCUCAGCGCUGUACAUCAACGAAAUGGAAUUAGAACGGCACGAGGUGGAAAACCAUAAACACGUCGAUGAAGGCGUAUUCCUGCAUAACCUGUACCCGUUCCUAUCGUCUGUACUGAACAUGAAAAUGUCGACGUUCACCAAAGUCAAAGCCGAUGACUCGGAUUACUCUUGCACCGUAUGUGACUACAAAACCAACGAUUUGGAUCUUUACAUACAACAUUUACAAGAGAAAAACUGUCGGUCGCUCGCGUGCGAUAGCUGUGGCAACGUAUACAAGCUACGCAGAGGCCUAUUUUCGCAUUUGGUCAUGAGUUCGUCAUGUAAUCAUGUACAGACUGACAAAACGAUACAAUGCAAGGAAUGCUAUCAGUUGAUCGGCUCGAUGUAUUACAAGAACCACAUUAGGCAAUGUAAACCUGUAAAAUGUACUAUGUGUAAUAUUAUAUUUCAUUCCGUCAACGAUCUGACUGAACAUCAAAUUUCUAGGCAUCCUCUGUCAAUAGAAGUGAAAACCUGCAAGUUUUGUUAUAGACAGUGCGUUGGAAAGGUUGCACUCAUGAAACACAUGACUCGUGUCCACCGUACGGAGCUACAUUUGUAUAAGUACGAGUGUGUGGAUUGCAAAACGGUAUUCAAACAUCCACAGAAGCUAUUCUCGCAUUUUUAUAUGAAACACAAGGACUUAGAGCCUUACACGUGUAAAAUAUGCAACAAAAAGUUUAAGAUACGUAAAAAAUUCACAAUACACAUUAAACUGGACCACAAUAGUGUCGGCUUUAUUGAGUUCGACAAGAAUUACCAUGUAUAUUUUGCCGAUAAAAAAUCUGAGAACCCCUUCACUCCCACCUGUGUUUUAUCAGAAGAAGAUAAGAGAAUGUGUAACAUGUACAGUGAAGUAUAUAGCCUUCCGAAUCAGAAGUCUGAUGCAUCUGAUUACAAAUCAAUUCUAAAUGUACUCUCAGCAACGGAAACAGAGUGCUAUAUGACAGAAUUAGAGAAAAAAAUGAAGGAGACCCAACCUAAAAAGCAGAAGCGCAGAAGAAAAACGGGAGGAAGACGAAAGAAAACCGUAGAAAAGGAAUACGUAAUACAAGAUUCAACUGACGAAGAUGAUAUCCCGCUUGUGGAGCUAACAAACAGCAAACCAACGCCAAAAGCAUUUCCAGAAAAGCUUUUCUCGAACUAUAAAGACAAAAAGGACAACCGUAGGAAAGUAACUUGUACGAAAUGCAAUAAAUACUGUUAUACCAAACAAAACUACAAACGUCACAUGGCUUUACACAGUAAGAAUGAGUUGCAAACAUGCAUUAAAUGCGCUCAAAUAUUCAACAGUGUUUCAAAGCUUAAAGAACAUGUCGAGAAAGAGCAUUCCACAUCGCAGCUCAUCGACACACUGAAGAUGUUGCUUGAGAAGAGGAAACAAGGGAGAACAUCCACUCAUGAGCUGACGAUGUCACAAAAAUUUGAACAGACCAUAAAGAGAGUUAAAACUGACACCACAUGUACACCAGCAAAGAUAACAGUCGUCAAAGACGGUACCUCCGUGCAGAAGUUCUUAGAAAACUUCUCUCCGGAAGAUUCUAAAAAGACUAUUGUUAUUGAAAGUAAUAUAUCAAUAAAACCAGUCACGAGUCCGUUUUACAGGGAGCCUUUCAUCACCAUGAAAAAAUUCACACCCGAACCCCUCAAUGCGGAAGUUAAACUGGCCAUGCCCGUUAAAUUUAAACCAGACUUAAGCGAGAAAGUUAAAGUCAAGGUGCAGUUAGUGCAGAGUCUAUUAAAACCCUCAGUUUUCUCCGGCCUGGAGUGCAAUGAGAAAAUUGAAGGUACAGAUGAUCACAACUACACGGAAUUUGAUUCCACAUAUUAUGAGGAGAGCAAAGAAUGCAUACCGGAAGUCGCUCAGGAGGAAGAAGUAGAAAAUCACGAUGAACGUAAACACACAAUUCAUGUUCCACAUAAGAUAGUCAUACCAAAACUACCCGCAAAUCAUAAUAUAUCAAUAGCGCAUCUAUUACCCGAAGCACCUUAUUACAGGAUCGUCAAAGUUAAUGACGUUCUCAACGAUGUUAUGCCGGAGCCACCGAAGAAGCCAGUCGAAAAGCCAACACGUCAGGAUCUGAUUAAGCUACCGGACGGUACCAAGUUAGUGACGGUCAAUCCAUUGGCUCACUUGUUGGGCGACAAGAAAGUCGAUGACAUCAUGCAACCGUUGAAAAGCAAGUAUUACAAGCCAAAGGUUAUAUCGAAUGUCGAGAAUGCGUUCACGAAAGCUCUGGAAAAAGCUAACACUCCGACGCAUUUCAGGAAAGCGAGCGAUAAAGUCGUGAAGAGGGGGCGAAAACGUAAAUUGAUGUAA